UGCUCCCGGCUUUCCUCCCUCCCCCUCCUUCCUUCCCUCCCUCCCCUCCCCUCCCCGGGAUCUUCCCGCCAGCCCGCCCGUCCUUCCAGUCGGCCCGGGCGGGGUCUGCACGCUCGCCAGUCGGGCCGUGGGAUCGAAAUUCGUGGUAACCACGAACUGAGCAAGCAAGCUGAAGCAGCCCGCAGAACUGGAGAAAACCGCUCUAAUCUGACGACUCCAGCUAAAAGCUGACGCUACAUGACUUUGGGAUGACUUCUCUGAGAUCCCUCCAGACCUGAGCCCUUUGCUAGAGCCAUGCUGGUGGCCCAGUGACCAGGUGAUUAGCACUCCGUGUGCCUGCGACCCAGGACCCUGGCUCACCACAGUGAAGCAGGAUGCUCCAGCAGUUGAAUGGCCACAGUUCCAGCUCUCAUGACCAAAGCAGAGUGUCCCUCAGAGAAGACAUACAGGAGUUCCUGAGUGGGGAGGCCCCACUGCACCAGUUAGAUGACCUCACCAAGGUGAAUCCUGUGACACUGGAGACAGUUCUAAGGUGCCUGCAGGCCCGGUACAUGGUGGACACAUUCUACACCAAUGCUGGCUGCACCUUGGUAGCUUUGAAUCCCUUCAAGCCUGUCCCUGGGCUCUACUCUCCAGAAAUGAUGAGAGAGUACCAUGCUGCAUCUCAACCCCAGAAACUGAAACCCCACAUCUUCACUGUGGGUGAACAGACCUACAGGAAUGUCAAGAGCCUGAUUGAGCCAGUUAACCAGUCCAUUGUGGUCAGUGGAGAGAGUGGUGCUGGAAAGACAUGGACGUCCCGCUGCCUGAUGAAAUUCUAUGCUGUCGUAGCUACCUCACCCACUUCCUGGGAGAACCACAAGAUUGCCGAGAGGAUCGAACAGCGGAUCCUGAAUUCCAACCCUGUCAUGGAAGCUUUUGGGAAUGCAUGUACACUGAGGAAUGACAACAGCAGUCGCUUUGGGAAGUUCAUCCAGCUCCAGCUGAACAGGGCCCAGCAGAUGACAGGAGCUGCAGUCCAGACCUACCUCCUAGAGAAAACUCGUGUGGCCUGCCAGGCUUCCAGUGAGAGGAACUUCCACAUCUUCUAUCAGAUAUGCAAAGGAGCCAGUGAGGAGGAGAGGGUCCAGUGGCACCUCCCCAAGGGAUCCACCUUCUCCUGGCUGCCCAACCCAGAGAGGACUUUGGAAGAGGAUUGUUUUGAGGUGACCAGAGAGGCCAUGCUCCAUUUGGGCAUCGAUACCUGCACCCAGAACAACAUCUUUAAGGUCCUAGCUGGACUGCUGCACCUUGGCAAUGUCCAAUUUGCAGACUCAGAGGAUGAAGCCCAGCCCUGCCAACUGACGGAAGAGGCCAAGUGCUCUGUCAGGACAUCAGCCUCGUUACUGCAGCUCCCAGAGGACAUGCUGCUGGAGACAUUGCGGAUUAGAACCAUCAGGGCGGGCAGGCAGCAGCAGGUGUUCCGGAAGGCCUGCUCCCGAGCUGAGUGUGACACCCGCAGAGACUGUCUGGCCAAACUGGUCUAUGCACGGCUGUUUGACUGGCUGGUGUUGGUGAUCAACAGUAGCAUCUAUGCAGACCCCGACUCAUGGACCACUUUCAUAGGUCUGCUGGAUGUGUAUGGAUUUGAGUCAUUUCCUGACAACAGUCUGGAGCAGUUGUGCAUCAACUAUGCCAAUGAGAAGCUUCAGCAACACUUUGUGGCUCACUACCUCAGGGCUCAGCAGGAGGAAUACGCAGUGGAAGGCCUGGAGUGGUCAUUUGUCAAUUACCAGGACAACCAGACCUGCUUGGAUCUCAUCGAGGGAAGCCCUAUCAGCAUCUGCUCCCUCAUAAACGAGGAGUGCCGCCUAAAUCGGCCAAGCAGUGCAGCCCAGCUCCAGACACGCAUUGAGAGUGCCCUGGCAGGCAGCCCCUGCUUGGGCCACAAUAAGCUCAGCCGGGAGCCCAGUUUUGUGGUGGUGCAUUUUGCAGGGCCUGUGCGGUACCACACAGCAGGCCUGGUGGAGAAGAACAAGGACCCCGUCCCCCCUGAACUGACUGGGCUCUUGCAGCAAUCCCAGCACUCCUUACUCACUGUGCUGUUUCCUACUGACCCCAAAGAGAAGACCCAGGAAAAACCCUCUGGCCAGAACAGGACCCCUGCAUUGACUGUGGUGUCCAAGUUCAAGGCUUCUCUGGAGCAGCUCCUGCAGAUCCUGCAGAACACCACACCCCACUACAUUCGAUGUAUUAAGCCCAACAGCCAGGGCCAGCCGCAGAGCUUCCUCCAAGAGGAGGUCCUGAGCCAACUGGAGGCCUGUGGCCUUGUAGAGACCAUUCAUAUCAGUGCUGCUGGCUUCCCCAUUCGGGUCUCUCACCAGAACUUUAUGGAACGAUAUGAGUUACUGAGAAGGCUCUGUCCUCGCGCAUCCUCAAGCUUCCAUAACCCAUAUUCUGCCAAAGAGCACUCUGAACAGCCACCACAGGGUGAGGCGGCCACACUGCAGACUCUCCUCCAGGACCUUCUCCACAUUCUGCCAGCACUAACUGGGACAGCAGCCACACCUGUUGAUUCAGCUGAGUGCACACCAGCUCCACUGCAGUGUGGCAGGACCAAGGUGUUCAUGACUGACUUCAUGCUAGAGCUUCUGGAAAAUGGACGUACGCAGGUGCUGGAGCAGUGUGCCCGCUGCAUCCAGUGUGGCUGGAGACAACACCAGCAUAGAAAGCAGAAGAGGCAGAGGCGAGCUGCCACCCUCAUUCAGGCAGCCGUUCGUUCCUGGUUAACUCGGAAACACAUCCAGAGGCUGCACACAGCAGCCACAGUCAUCAAGCACGCAUGGCAGAAGUGGAGAAUCAGAAUGGCCUUCCUUGCUUCUAAAGAACUGGAUGGUUUGGAAGAAAAACACUUUUCCCAAGCUCAUGGUUCCCCGAACUCCUCUCCACUGCCCCCAAUGCAGACCAGGCUCCUAGGGGCAAUAAUCCGGCUUUGGCCUCUAGGACUAGUCCUGGCCAAUGCAGCUGUGGGUACACACAGCUUUCAGAGAAAACUGGUAGUCCAUGCCUGCCUCCAGCUUCCCUCAGGCAGCUCCAGCAGCUCCAGUGUCCAGACAGCACAACAAGACCAGGCUGGUGUCAGGUCCAUCCGAGCACUACCUCAGGGCUCGAUAAGGUUUCACUGCAGAAAGUCUCCACUGCGCUACGCCGACACCUGCCCUGAACCUUCACCCUUUAGUAUUACUGGCUUUAAUCAGAUUCUGCUAGAAAAACACAGGCCAAUCCAUGUGUGACCUUUUCUCACCCUCUGCUUUUACCUGGCUGAGUGAUCUGUAGUGCCUUUGUUUCCAUGAGGCCUUUUCCUGCCAGAUGCCUUGCCAAAGACAUUUAAUCAGCACACAACUGCCAAACUAUCCCACAGCAACUGUAAAUGUACGCACGUGAAACAACUCCAGGAUUCAGGCCACAGAGAACUUACCAUUUCACUCACUACUUCAUGGAUCAAACUCGGUAGCAGAUGAGGCUGUUUUGGAGUUUGAUCUGUCACUACAGUGGGGCACCCAAUCACCCACAAGCACUUUAGAAAACAGGCAAACGAACAUGGGCUUUAGAACUUUGGCUGGGAAAAACUGCAUUUAGUUCCUCAAAGGAACAACCUUAUUUAAUAAGUUGUUGACUUAUUUAAUUUCAAACAAUCAAAGCAGGGACCAAGGACAAUGAACAAUGCAAUGUACAAGAGAACCACCAUAUCUUGAUUUUACUUAGUAACACUGAUCAGUUUUCAACUGAAAUAAGUAUGAAACAUGACAAAUAAGUUAUGUACCAAAAAUAAAACAUUUGAAAACAA